UCUUUUGGCCAUCGCUUAUAACGAAUGAACUUAAACUGAAUAAGUUCAAGGUGAGAUCACGUGACAAUAUUAUGUAUUUAUAGUUGUGCUUAUUAGUCCGUGGUAGCAUUCAAUGCCGUCUCAAGCCAACACAAAUUAGUCAUAUCGUGGGGACACACGUAAUACUUUUCGUCGAUAUACGCGCUCGAGACAGAUAAUAAGAAUAACGUUUGACGUCCGCUUCGGUAUGGAUGGCGAUCGGCAGCUCGAGAGGAUAAUGAGAAAUUUGACGUUACGUCAACCGAGCUGAGAAUGUAAAUAAACACAGCCCUACAUAAACACGAAUCGAUAUAGCUCGGUACUGUGCACUUGGAUUGAUAGCAGUCCCUYAUUCUAUGAUUUACAAUCUAUUCUGCAUCAGACGCUCAUCAAUUUUACCCGACAGUCAAGCCAGGUCGUUAACUGACUGGCAAUGCUCAAUUUCACCGAGGAAGACAGUGGAACAAAUACUUCCGUAUGUCCCCAAGAACUCGAUUCAUCUUUGGUGAAAAUAGUCAAGACGUUUGCGUAUUGUAUUAUGCUGAUUUUGGCACUUGGCGGAAACGUUAUCUUGGUAUGCGUCGUGUCUUCACAACGUAAAUUACGUACAACGACAAACUGUUUGAUAUGUAACAUGGCUAUUAGCGAUUUGCUAGUUCCAAUCUUCGCAAUGCCUAGAACUAUAGUUGAGAUUCACUUGGGCUAUCGACGAUGGCUUGUCACAGGAACGAUUGGCUUAGCGUUGUGUAAAGUUAUAUAUUUCCUACAAGACGUUUCGACGGCGGUGUCUGUGUUAAGCUUAUCUAUUAUAACCAUUGAUCGCUUUUACGCUGUUGUUUUACCAGAGAGUCGUACUCCUAUCAAAGGACGGGUAAAACCUGUUAUUGCAGGGAUUUGGAUGACAGCCAUGUUGAUGCAUUGUCCAUAUUUUUAUACCUUUAAACUGGUAGAAAACAAAGGAUUAAAUUAUUGCGCUCUUUUGUGGCCAAACACUAUUGACACACAACUUGCUACUCAAGUAUUUUUUUUAACUUUGAUAGUUUUGCUAUAUUUUAUUCCUUUCUUUCUGAUUGCCAUACUACAGGCAAUGAUUGUCAAACGCUUGCGAAAUCAAAGACUACCUUCAUUUUCAUCUUCAUUUCGGCAGCGUAAGAGAGGAAAACGAAACAGAAACGUCGUUCACUUCACUCUGGCUGUCAUAGUGACAUUUUUUGUUUGUUGGACUCCAACAGUCGUAUACUCCUUCACGCUCAUUUAUGGCGCAAACCCUUGCAUCCCAGAAAUAUUCCGAUUUGCUUCACUAUUUCUCGUGCAAUCAAACUCAUCCAUCAAUUUCUUCAUUUAUUUUAUUUUUAAUCAAAAUUUUCGAAAGACAUUCAAAAAGUUGUUCCAUGGACGAAAAAUUAGCCUUAAGAUGUUGGGACGAGCUGAAACCGUACAACUUCCGGUACUGAGAAGUGAACAAACGGCUUUCCGUAUUCGAACAAUGACAUGUGAGACUCUACCUGAUGGCCACAAUGACUUCGAAGUAAAUACYUUUAAAUCUCAAGUAACAUUAAAGGGGUUUAAAGUUACGAGUGAAACAUUAGAUGGAGCUAAAAAGGGCUUAUUAAGAAGCACCGAAAAUGCGAUUAAAAACGGUAUGAGUAAUAUAGACGAACAGUAUCAAAAACAGAAUUCUGCACAGGGCAAUGACUCGAUAUCCUCAAUGGAAUUGUCUGAUCAAACCUCAUAGCACACAAUAACAGUGAUACCGGUAUAGUUUAUGCCAAAUAUAGUAACCGACACACAGAUUGUUACAAGAGCGUCUUCAUGCCUUAUCAUUGACAUUUGAAAAUAGGAAUUGUGUUCUUAGAACGACAAUUUAUGAUUCUAGCUUUGGGAUCUGAUCUCGUGGUAUGUUUAUCAAAAACGAGUGCGGUGGGCAAAUCUAUUAGUUGUGGUAUUACCAAUGAUUAUUAUCAUUGUGUAUGUCAUGCAAAUAUAUUCUAUAAAAAAUAGCACACCUAGAAAAACCUACAUCAUAAUAAUAACGAUAAUCAUGGUAGGAUGUUUACAUCACUGGUUCAUACAAAAUGAAGAUUCGACGUGAAAAAUUGCAUAAUUUGGCUUCGGAAGCAAGCAAAGAAAAGUGGAUACGAAAUGCUACAGGGCGACCAUUGAAUAAACAACAAAGAUUCUAUCAUGAUUCAUGAAUAGAAAAAAAUUAAUAUCAAAAUCCAUAAAAUGACAUUAAACUUCCACGAAAAAAUAUGUUUUUCAAAGUGAGUUAGAUCAAAACGUAUUUACUAAUAAUAAACCACUUGUUUGGCAGGUACUGCAUUCAUUUUUACAGUACCACACGGAGAAAAGCAAACAACCUAUUUUGGUGCAUGCGCAUUUAAUUAACCUUUAAUUGUAUGUUUCUCUGCGUGAGAUCCAAUAAAAGUGACUGCUA